AUGAAGCCGGCGGGAGGCGGCGGAGGAGGAGGAGGAGGAGGAGGAGGGAAGGCGGCAGCGGGGCUGCCUCCGGCCCCCGCAGCCCCGGCGGCCUCGGAGAAAGUGGUGCACUCGCGCUCGCAGGCCCUCUUCGGCAGCGGCACCAAAGCGCUGGGCGACGCCUUGAAGCUGCUGGUGCCCCGUUCGACGGCCUUCAUGAGCUCCGACGCCGAGCUCUGGGACUUCCUCUGCAGCCUCAAGCACGAGUUCUCGCCGGUCAUCCUCCGCAGCAAGGACGUCUACGGCUACGCCUCGUGCCGCGCCGUCGUGCCGGAGCUGCCCCGGGGCUGGGCGGCGGGGACACGGGCCGGCCCCGGGCCCAGCGGCGGCAGCAGGCGAGGAGGAGGAGGAGGAGGAGGAGCCGCCAACAAGGGGAAACGCCCGCGAAGCGACGCCAAGAGCCGGCGAGCGGGAGGCGCCAAGCGAGCGGCCAAGAAGCGCCGGCAGGACGGGCUGAGCGCCGCCCCGACGGCCCCCGACGAGCCCCGGCCUUGCGAGGGGGGGCGGCCAGACCCGCCACGGACGCGUUUGGAGGGGGACGGCGGGGUCCCCGAGGAAAGCCGGAGGGCGGCUGUAGCGGCGGCUUCCUUCCCCCCGGUCCGGGUGCGCGGCGACAUCUGGAAGCGGCGCGACUUGGAAGCGGCCCGGCGGCAGGCCCAGCGCCUCUUGCGGGUCAACCUGACGCCCGUGGUGAAGCUGCGCCGGAUCCCGGGCCUGCCUUGCUGCUAA